AUGGAGGUCGAAGAAGAUGGCCGUCUGGUUUUCGAGGUCAACGGGGAGAGUUUCGAGGUCCACGAGAUUGACCCCUCGACCACUUUGCUCGACAUUAAUGGCUGCUCGAUUACAACAAGCGAAGGCCUUGGAAACAGUAAAGACGGGUUCCACCCGAUCCAUCAAAGGUUCGCUGGCUUCCAUGCUUCUCAAUGCGGAUUUUGCACACCUGGAAUGUGCGUGUCCCUUUUCUCGGCACUCGCCAGUGCUGAAAAGCAAAACAAUCGUGCAAAACCGUCCGCUGGGUUUUCCAAGCUGACAACUUCAGAAGCAGAAAAGGCUAUUUCGGGAAAUCUUUGUAGGUGUACCGGUUACAGGCCCAUUGCCGAUGCCUGCAAGAGUUUCGCAGCAAAUGUUGACUUGGAGGAUUUAGGGGUUAAUUCUUUCUGGAAAAAGGGAGAUUCAAAAGAUGUCAAGAUUAGUAAAUUACCGUCCUACGAUCCAAAGGAUCAUGUCUGUACAUAUGCUGAAAAAUUGGGAGAUGGUUUCAAGUCUAGGGGCCUUUGGAACUCCGAUAAAUGUUCGUGGUAUAGUCCUGCAACAGUCGACGAGCUUCAAAAGUUGUUGAAUUCCGAUUUGGUUGAAAAUGGGGCAAAGAUCAGAUUGGUUGUUGGCAACACAGCAAACGGGUAUUACAAAGAAACAGAAAAGUACGACAAAUACAUUGAUCUGAGGUAUACUCCUGAGCUUUCGGUGAUUAGAACGGAUGAGUCCGGUAUCGAAUUUGGAGCAGCUUUGACAAUUUCCAAAGUCAUCUCUUAUCUCAAAGAGAAAAGUGAAGCGAGCUUAGGUUCAAGUGGAAAUAUGGUGUUCGCCAAAAUUGCUGGCCAUUUAGAAAAGCUUGCAUCUGUCUUUGUCCGGAACUCAGCUAGCAUUGGUGGAAAUUUGGUUAUCGCACAGAGGAAAUGUUUCCCUUCCGAUGUUGUCACACUACUUCUGGCUGUGGGUUCUAGUGUAAGCCUGCUGACAGGUCAUAAACAUGAAAAAUUUAAAAUUGAGGAGUUCUUGAAGAGACCUCCCUUGGACCCGAAAACGGUCCUUUUGACUGUACACAUCCCUUUACUUGAACCAAAAGCAGUUGAUGGUUCAAUUCAAACUAGCUCAAGAUUGUUUUUCGAAACCUACCGUGCUGCACCACGGCCUCUCGGGAAUGCAUUGCCCUAUCUCAACGCGGCCUUCUUAGCUGAUGUUAGCUCCAGUUCAAAUGGGGUUUUAGUAAAUAAUAUCCAGCUGGCUUUUGGCGCGUACGGAUCAGAUCACGCAACAAGAGCAAGGAAAGUCGAGGAGUAUUUGAACGGGAAAAUGCUUAGUGUAGAAGUUCUGAAUGAAGCAGUCAAAUUGGUGAAAGGUGAUGUGGUGUCUAAAGAAAUCACGUCACAUUCUGCUUACAGGUCAAGCUUAGCAGUCGGUUUUCUUUUCGAAUUUCUUAAUAGCUUUUCCAGUGUGGGUUCCGAAUUAUCCACUGGUUUGUUCGAGGAUUUAAAUUGUUUAUUGCUAGAAGGAGCUGCUAAAAGUGAGAAUGAGGGCAAAAUUAGUCAAAUAGAGGAACCCCCAUUGUUGUCAUCAGCUAAACAGAUUGUGACAUCGAGUAAAGACUAUCAUCCGGUGGGUGAACCUAUGACAAAAUUCGGUGCUGCCAUGCAAGCUUCUGGUGAAGCUAUUUACGUGGACGACAUUCCUUCACCCCCAAACUGUUUGCAUGGUGCAUUUGUAUGCAGCACCAAGCCCGUGGCUCGAGUGAAAGGCAUUUCUUUUAAGUCUCACCCACAACAAGCUGAAGUGGCUGCUGUUAUCUCUGUCAAAGAUAUCCCAAAAGAAGGGGAAAACGUAGGAAGUAUGACCGUGUUAGGUGUCGAACCUUUAUUUGCUGAUGAUGUCACUAGAUUUGCUGGUGAUCUCGUUGCUUUUGUGGUUGCAGAGACACAAAAGAAAGCGAAUUUGGCGGCAAAAACUGCUGUAAUUGAUUAUGAUACAGAAGGCUUAGAUCCACCUAUUUUAACAGUUGAAGAGGCUGUUGAACGAUCGAGUUUCAUCGAUAUUCCUCCUUUUAUAUACCCUGGAAAAGUUGGUGAUUUCUCAAAAGGAAUGGCUGAAGCUGAUCACAAGAUUCUCUCAGCUGAGAUAAGAUUAGGUUCACAAUACUACUUUUACAUGGAGACCCAAACCGCACUCGCAGUCCCAGAUGAAGACAACUGCAUGGUGGUCUACAGUUCGAGUCAAACCCCCGAGUUUGCACAUAGAGUAAUUGCAAGAUGUCUAGGUGUUCCCGAUCAUAAUGUCCGUGUCCUUACAAGACGAGUCGGCGGAGGUUUUGGCGGGAAAGCAAUAAAAGCAAUGCCUAUUGCCACUGUCUGUGCUCUCGCGGCUCAUAAACUACGUCGUCCGGUCAGAAUUUACAUGGACCGAAAAACCGACAUGAUGAUCGCCGGAGGCAGACACCCGAUGAAGAUAACCUACUCCGUCGGAUUCAAAUCAGAUGGCAAGCUCACGGCCUUACACCUGGACGUGCUCAUCGAUGCCGGCAUAACACCUGACAUAAGCCCCGUGAUCCCGAGCAACAUGGUGGGGCCCCUCAAGAAAUACGACUGGGGCGCACUCUCCUUCGACAUGAAAGUGUGCAAGACAAAUCUCCCGAGCAGAUCCGCCAUGCGGGGCCCGGGUGAGGUCCAAGGAUCUUUCAUAGCCGAGGCCAUAAUCGAGCACGUGGCCUCAUUUCUCGAUGUGGAAGCGGAUUACGUGAGGAACAGGAAUCUCCACACGCACGAGAGUCUGAAGGUGUUUUACGGAGACUCGUCCGGGGAACUGUUCGAGUACACUAUACCUUUGAUUUGGAAUAAGGUGGGUCAGUCAUCGGGGUUUGAGCAGAGGGUGAGGGAAGUCGAGCAGUUUAACCGGUCUCAUAUGUGGCGAAAGAGGGGUAUAUCCCGUGUCCCGAUUGUGUACGAGGUUUUAGUGAGGCCGAGUCCCGGGAAAGUGAGCAUACUUUGGGAUGGGUCUGUGGUUGUGGAAGUUGGGGGCAUAGAAUUGGGGCAGGGGCUUUGGACGAAGGUGAAACAGGUGGCGGCAUAUGCUCUUGGUGGGAUUGUUUGUGAAGACUUGGUGGAGAAAAUUCGGGUUGUGCAGGCGGACACAUUGAGUGUGGUGCAGGGAGGGUUUACAGCUGGUAGCACGACUUCCGAGUCGAGUUGCGAGGCUGUUAGGCUGUGCUGUAAUGUUUUGGUCGAGAGAUUGGCCUCGGUUAAGAAAGAGUUGACGGAGGAAAGAGAUUCUGUGAAAUGGGGUGAUCUGAUUCUCCAGGCACAUUAUCGAAAUGUGAAUUUGGCAGCAAAUUCUUACUUUGUGCCUGACUCAAGUUCUAAUAGAUACUUGAACUAUGGUGCUGCAGUAAGUGAGGUGGAUGUAAAUAUCCUAACUGGUGAGACAAUAAUAUUAAGAACAGACAUCGUGUAUGAUUGCGGCCAGAGCAUGAACCCAGCUGUAGACUUGGGACAGAUUGAAGGGGCAUUUGUACAAGGGCUCGGAUUUUUCAUGCUAGAAGAAUACUCGUCCAAUUCGGAUGGUGUGAUGGUUGCUGACGGGACAUGGACGUACAAGAUCCCGACCAUUGACAAUAUCCCUAGAGAAUUCAAUGUCGAAAUACUAAACAGCGGACAUCACCAGAAACGUGUCCUCUCGUCUAAAGCUUCUGGUGAGCCGCCGCUGCUUCUGGCAGCAUCAGUGCACUGUGCCACGCGAGCAGCGAUUAAGGAUGCAAGAAAACAGCUCAAGUCGUGGGGAGGAUUGGAAGGCGCUGAGUCGACAUUCCAACUGGACGUGCCAGCUACUAUGCCCGUCGUUAAGGAGCUUUGCGGUCUCCACUCGGUUGAGACUUAUUUACGCGCAUUGCUCUCCAACCGCCAAUAG